UUCGCUAAUAAACAAGUAGAACAGUGAUCUGUGUCAGGAUAUGUUAGUAGCCCAAAUGAAAGUCUGACUGAUUUAGAAAGUUACCGGCUACUGCGAACUAGGUUCGAAGUUCACGUGUAAGUUCACAACUUUGCUGUCAGUAAAGAAUAUCGCGAGACGAGAUUACCAUUCUCCCGCGUCAUAAACUCUAGGAAGAGUGCUGCUUUUCUACAUGUGGAUAAAUGUCAGUAUAAACUUAGUGGAUAAACACGGGAAUUCAGUGUGACAAUGGCGGAGAAUGCGUCAGAUGGUACCGUAAAGUGUCCGGUUUGCGCGGGUGACUUUGAACCGGGCAGAAUUAACGCGCACUUGGAUGAGUGUUUACAGAGCAGUGAUGCUCAACAUGAACCUUCUGGACCUCCAUCCAAAAAAGCCCGCACUAACACCUCUGACACCCGUCCUGCAGCUGCAGUAUUCUCCGUGUUCCAAACCAGAUCUAAAGCCACCGAUCAGAAACAGAAGCCCGAAACAGCGGCCACAUGUAAAGACAGUCCAGAAGCCUCCAGUCCAGGCGUGAGAGUGAUGGGGAAACCGGAGUGUCCAGAUGGACCAGCCGCAUCUGACGCAUCUUCACCAAGAGCGUUAAGGCUGAAUAAUGACAAACCCUUGGCAGAACUCUUGAGACCCAGCACUCUGGAGGAGUAUUUCGGCCAGAAUAAACUGAUCGGAGAGCAGACCCUGCUGAGAUCCCUCCUGCAGACACAGGAGAUCCCCUCUCUGAUACUUUGGGGGCCACCAGGCUGUGGAAAGACCACUUUGGCUCAUAUUAUCGCCAGUUCCAUUAAGAAGAAAGGCACAGGACGUUUCGUGACUCUCUCUGCCACCAGUGCAUCCACCAGUGACGUGCGAGAGGUGAUCAAACAGGCACAGAACGAGCUUCGUCUGUGCAAGAGAAAGACUGUUCUGUUCAUCGAUGAGAUUCAUCGUUUUAACAAAUCCCAGCAGGACACCUUCCUGCCUCACGUGGAGUGCGGGACGAUCACUCUUAUCGGGGCCACCACAGAGAACCCGUCCUUCCAGGUCAACAGCGCGUUACUGAGCCGCUGCAGGGUUCUGGUUCUGGAACGGCUGUCGGUGGAAGCGAUGGGCUUGAUUCUGCGCCGGGCUGUAGACUUUCUGGGACUGCAGGUGUUGAACGAAGAUGUGGUGGAGCGGGACGCUUCGGAGAUCUGCUCAGAAUCUCAGGUGUUCAUCGAGCAGAAAGCGCUGGACACGGUCGCGCACCUGUGUGACGGAGAUGCUCGAGCCGCUCUCAAUGGCUUGCAGCUGGCGGUGCAGGCGUGUGUCGUGCAGGUGCACGUGGCUUCAUCUGAACCCGAUGCCGGCCCGCGGCGAAUAAUAGUGCGCGAGCAACACAUUAAAGAAGGACUUCAGAGAUCACACAUCCUUUAUGAUAAAGCAGGUGAGGAGCACUAUAACUGUAUCUCAGCCCUGCACAAGUCAAUGAGAGGCUCCGAUCCCAACGCUGCCCUCUACUGGCUGGCCAGAAUGCUGGAGGGCGGUGAAGACCCGCUGUAUGUGGCCCGCAGACUCGUCCGCUUCGCCAGUGAGGAUAUCGGUCUGGCAGACCCGGCGGCGCUCACUCAGGCCGUAUCAGCGUUCCAGGCCUGUCACUUCAUCGGCAUGCCCGAAUGUGAGGUCAUCCUAGCGCAGUGUGCUGUUUAUAUGGCCCGGGCGCCCAAGUCUGUGGAGGUGUACAAGGCCUAUAACAACGUCAAGUUCAGUCUGAGGAACCAUCAGGGCCCGUUACCAUCCGUUCCCCUCCACCUACGCAACGCUCCCACCAAACUGAUGAAGAAUCUGGGCUAUGCAAAAGGAUACAAGUACAAUCCGGACUACAAUGGACCGGUGGACCAAGAAUAUCUUCCAGAGGAACUGCGUGGUGUCAACUUUUUUACCUGGACGCCCUCUAAUCUAUGACUGAUUGUGUUUUUAAGUUUGGAGUUUUGCUGUUGCCUUUAUCACUGUUGCCGUAUCUUCUACUUAUUACAGCGGGAUUUCACGCCUUUGGUCCGUAUUGUAAAUGAAUAAAUAUGCAUUUGCUUAUAUUAAACAGAGUUUUAUGUAAAAAUGAUAAAUAUAAAAUGAACACGAAGAUUGCAGCAACUGAUUUCCAUUUUUAUCUCAGGUAAGAAAGAAAUUGAUACAAUGAAACAAUAAGGUGGUCGAUCAAUAAGAGAUUGUUGAACAUUUAUUUUGAAAAUUGAGUUACAAUUUAUAUUUCAGCUCCGUUAGAUGUUUACACAGUUGUACACUUUUAUCUACAAGCAGCCAAUAUUAUGUAUGUUUUAUAUUAGCAUACGCUUUACUAAAACCAAGUCUCGUCUUUAUUUUCUACACUGAAGAUGUUUCACUUACAAAUCAUUUUGUUUCAAGUCAUUGUGAUUCUGACUCGAUUGAUUCUGACUUAAUUUUCACCAGUUUUCACCAGUCAUUAAAGAGUUCACCCAAGAGUGUUCACCCAAAAAUGAAAAUCUGUCAUUAUUUACUAACCAUUAUGUUAUUCCAAACCUUUUUUUUUAAUCUUGAAUAAAAGUAGAUGGAGUCAACAU